UUUAAAAGAAAAUAGGGGUAUAAACAAAAUUUACGAAAAUUUCAAGAAAAAAUCUCAUGUAACUUACCUUCAACACUUACAAGAAACGAACCAAAAAUUACUAUGUUCAGGAGGUUGGUUUAAAUAAAAAUCAGUAGCCAACUAUGAGUUUCACACUUUACUAGGGUUUGUUUUCUUCAGGUGGUUUCUCUGGCGGACGAUAACAAUUUUGUGUUUUUUAGUGGAAAUACGUGAUUCUUUACAGCAGAAAAUGUCUCUCUCGAAUAAGCAAUUUCCUGUGCUCAAGAAUGACAAUCUUCUCCGGGCAGCUCGUGGAGAAACCGUAGACCGAAUCCCGGUUUGGGUAAUGAGACAAGCUGGAAGAUAUUUGCCAGAAUUCCAGGAAGUUAGAAAAAAAUAUGAUUUCUUCACAGUGUGUAGGACACCGGAAUUAGCAUGUGAGGUCACAAUGCAACCCCUGAGGCGUUUUGAUCUCGAUGCAUCCAUAAUAUUCUCAGAUAUUUUAGUUAUUCCUCAGGCAUUAGGACUUGUCGUUGAGAUGCAUCCGGGAAAGGGUCCAGUGUUCCCAGACCCCCUAAAUGGUCCAGCUGAUCUUGCCAGAUUAACUCCCGAUGGGGCAGUAGAUCGUUUGAAGUAUGUGGGUGAAGCUAUCACAAUGAUGAGGCAUUUGUUGGAUGGGAAAGUCCCUCUUAUUGGAUUUACAGGUGCUCCAUGGACUCUCAUGGGCUAUAUGAUUGAGGGUGGUGGAAGCAAGACAAUGUCCAAGGCAAAAUCCUGGAUUUCUGAUCAUCCUGAAGAAACUAGAAAGCUUCUGGACCUUCUAACAGGAAUUAUUGUUGAUUAUCUUGAGAUGCAAGUGAAAGCAGGUGCUCAGAUGCUUCAGGUGUUUGAAUCAAGCGCUGAACAUCUUUCAAAAGAGGAAUUCCUGUCUGUAGCUUUUCCACAUUUAAAGGAAAUUCCCGAGAAACUGCGAAAGAAACUACAAGAGCAGAACAUUGAACCUGUUCCCAUGACAAUUUUUGCAAAGGGAGCUGGACAUUCUCUCAAGGAGCAGGCUAAAUUGGGUUACGAAGUUAUAGGAAUUGAUUGGACUGUUGAUCCUCUCGUUGCAAGAGAAGAAGUUGGUGACAACAUUACACUACAGGGAAAUUUGGAUCCUCAGGAUAUGUACAAAAACCCUGAAGAGCUUCUCUUUCUGACCAAGGAAAUGGUGCAAAAAUUUGGCAAAAAGCGAUACAUCGCAAAUUUGGGUCAUGGAAUCACUCCGCAGACUCCAAUAGAAAGCAUGAGUAUCUUCUGUGAUACCGUUCAUUCAACAUUGUAGGAAAAAAGGCAAUAUCCUGGUGAAGGAAUAAAAAUAGAUUUUUUUU